AUGGCAUCUGAAAAGCCAAUACUUUAUGGCUAUUUCCGAAGUUCCUGCUCUUGGAGAGUGAGAAUCGCACUGGCUCUGAAAGGGAUUUCCUAUGACCUGGUGCCUGUGAACCUCCUGAAGGAUGGGGGGCAGCAGUUUUCUGCUGAAUUCAAGGCAGUGAAUCCAAUGCAGCAAGUCCCAGCCUUGAAAAUUGAUGGCAUCACCCUUUCUCAGUCGCUAGCUAUAAUUAAUUACCUAGAAGACACCCGUCCUAACCCCAGGCUCCUGCCCCAAGAUCCAAAGAAGAGAGCCCAAGUCAGAAUGAUUGCCGAUCACAUUGUCUCCGGCAUUCAGCCACUCCAGAAUGUGAACGUCCUGAAACAAAUGGGGGAGAAAAAAAUGGAAUGGGCUCAGAACUGCAUCGCAUUUGGCUUUCAAGCGCUGGAGCAGAUUCUGCAGCACACUGCUGGGCGCUACUGUGUGGGGGAUGAAGUUUCCAUGGCUGAUCUGUGCUUGGUGCCUCAAGUUGCCAAUGCGGAAAGAUUCAAAGUGGACAUGGCUCCAUAUCCCACAAUAACCAGAAUAAACAAAGAUCUCCUGGAGUUAGAGGCAUUCAAAGUAAGCCACCCAUCCCGGCAGCCAGAUACUCCUGCAGAGCUGCGAGCUUGA